AUGCGAGAUAUGUCUAAAAUGGAUAUAUUUAUCGUAUCAUUUCUUAUCACUGUUUCUGUAGAAGCUUUUAUCACUUAUAAUUUCCAUCAACCGUUCAAUUUCAAGAAGAAACUUGCUUACGAGAAGACCACUCAACCUAUGCGAUUACCUGAAAGUGAUAAUCAGCAGUCAUCUAAAAAUCGACAGUUUUAUCAACAAGCCAUGGAUUACCAAUAUUUUCAACCAACUUAUGAGGACUUUAUGCGUUAUGGCAAUUCACUGAUGUUGAAAAAAAAAUGA